CUUCUCUUCGGUCUCUCAGGAGCGUUACUAACGAUGUCACCUCCGUUUCCGCCGUACGCCGCCUCAGUUGUCCCUCCCCCCGCCGCCCUGCGGCGGACGGUUCCGCCGGCCGAAGGGAAAUGGAAGGCAGAAUUUCAAAGGACAACAACCGGGCUCGGCUUUCCCGGCCACGUCGCCCCUCCAACCUCCUCUCUCUCGGCACAAACUCUCCCCGAGAAUCCUGUAGCUCCAGAGGGAGGGUUGCCACCUCCGGUUCGACCUGUUGGGAAGGUUUAUUUGCAUGAAUUGGAAAUAGUUUGUAAAUAGUAUUACAUUUACGCGGUGAUGAGGGAGUGAAGAACUUUGGCCACUGUCCAUGAAAGAAACUGUCUGUAAAAGACUGAGCAGAGUUUAAUGCUGCUUAACCUCAACCCUGAGGAUGGCAGCGUUUAUUCAGCUGUACUGUUUCUCUGAGUCUGAUACUUGUCUGGGAAAUUCGUGAUCUCUGAACUCGGCUUCAGAGCUGAAGACAAUUUCCUCCUCGUCAUUUGGCUCCCUCGCAGCUUGUCCCGUUCAUAGUUCACGGCAACAAAGCAAGUGCCGCGGACCUAAUCCCCGAGUCUUUAUAAGUGCCUUCUACAUGUUUGCAAGUGUUAUGGACGUGGAUGUGUUUAAGAGGAGGAGCAGGUCAAGCUUGUUUCUGCUGGAGGACAUGCGAUGGUCACUAUGUGUCCUGAUGGCAGACGCGGUUACUACUUUCUCCUGGCUGGACUUUGCUUCUUCGCGGCUUCUUGCCUCCACUCCGUGGAGGAGUCUUCGUCCCUCUUCGCCUGGCUUCUCGGCAAGCUCCUCUUCUACUUGGCGCUGUCUGUGAGCAGCUUCCUGCUGGGCACUUUCCUAGUGCUGGCCAAGCAAAACAACCUCAAGACGCUGCGCUUCCCCAGAGAAGAGAGAUCGUUCGGAGUGUCCCAGUUGUUGCGACAACUCACGGGCCGCUUGUCAAGCACUUCAUCUGAACCUAUGCCCACACGAAGAGUAGUUCUUUCCCACAAUGGAUAAAGCAUUGAAAGAAGUUUUUGACUAUAGCUAUAGGGACUACAUCCUUUCUUGGUAUGCGAAGAUCAGCAAAGAUGAAGGACAUCUGCACCAGAUGCUUUCAGAGGACUUCUGGGAAGUGGCAAAGCAACUGCGUGUUCGUCUGAGUAACAUUGACAUCGUUAAGAUUGUUUGUAAUGAUGUUGUGCGGACUGUACUCACUCACUUCUGUGACCUCAAGGCAGCAAACUCAAGGCAAGAGGAGCAGCAACCAAAACCCUUUCCCCUACACCCAUGCUUGAAGAGCUUGAAGGAUGAGGACCAAUUCCUGCGAACGUGCUCGCGGGUCCUAGUGCUCUGCCUCUUAACAUCAAAAGAUGUCUCCUCUCGCAGCCUGCAGAUUGUCCUUGCUGAAAUAUUAGCCAUGAAAGUACUAAAACCAAUGGUAGAACUGCUAAGUGACCCUGACUACAUUAAUCGAAUGCUGCUAACCCAGAUGGAACGCAGGGAGCAAGUGAACGAGCAUCACAAGAAGGCCUACACUUACGCCCCUUCCUAUGAGGAGUUCAUCAAACUUAUCAAUGGCAGCUGUGAUGUGGAAUUUUUAAAGCAGCUGAGAUAUCAAAUUGUUGUUGAAAUAAUUCAAGCAACUACAAUCAGCAGUUUACCACAGAUGAAGAAACCAAAAGAUAGCAAAGGGAAAGAGUCUGCUGCCAUGAAGGCAGAUCUGCUGCGCGCUCGCAAUAUGAAGAGGUACAUCAACCAGCUCACCGUUGCCAAGAAACAGUGUGAGAAACGGUUAAAGCUCCUCGGGGGUCCAGUGUAUGGUCAGCAGGAGGACGGUGCGUGUGAUGAGACUGAUGCACCUCCAAAUCAAAAGAUUCUUCAGCUUGAAGAAAUCUUGUCCAACCCAUCCUACAGGGAACAUUUCCGUGCCUACAUGGAAAGGAUGGAUAAGCGGGCUCUCAUCAGCUUCUGGGAGUCAGUUGAAUACUUGAAAACUGCAAACAAGACUGAAAUACCUCAACUAGUUGGUGAAAUCUACCAGAAUUAUUUUGUGGAAAGCCGUGAAAUUCCAGUGGAGAAGGCACUUUAUAAAGAAAUCCAGCAAAGCCUUGUGGGCAACAAAGGAACUGACGUCUUCAACAAAAUUCAGAGCAAUGUUUAUGAGACUCUUCAAGACCGGUAUUAUCCAUCAUUCCUUGUAAGUGACUUGUAUGAAAGACUUGUUAGAAAAGAAGAGGAAAAGAGCACUUUACAAUCCAGCCCUGACAACCGUGAUGAUGUGCACCAGGUCUGUGAGAGUGGAGAGGAAAUCCUGGAUGAGGGGAGCAAUGGCAUUAAUGAGCAGGCUAGCUACGCUGUAAACAAGUUGCGACAGCUAAAUGAGAAACUUGAAUACAAGAGACAAGCUCUGGGUUCCAUCCAGAAUUCACCAAAACCUGACAGAAAGAUUGUUACAAAGCUGAAGGAUGAGAUUGCUACAAUGGAGAAGGAACAUAGUGACCUACAGCAACACAUUGCCCGGACAGACUGGUGGUGUGAAAAUCUCGGCCAGUGGAAAGCCACUAUCAGCAGCAGUGAGAUCGUGGAAGAGAAUGGUGAACAAAUGUCCUGCUAUUCAAUCAUGGUGCAGCUGAAUCCACCUGAUCCUGAAAAUAACGGCUGGAUGGUUGUUAGAAAGCUCAGCGAGUUCCAUGCACUACAUAGGAAACUCUGCGAGUGUUUUCCAAUGUUAAAAAAGGCACAGCUACCAUCAAUCAGUAAAUUGCCUUUUAAAUCCAUUGAUCAGAAGUUCCUAGACAAGUCCAAAAAUCAGCUGAAUAAUUUUUUACAGAAACUACUGACAGAUGAGAAACUUUGCCAGAGUGAGGCACUUUAUGGUUUUCUAAGCCCCUCCCCUGAAUACCUGAAAGUUGUUGAUGUGCAAGGGAAGAAGUCAACUUUCUCAUUGUCUUCCUUUCUUGAGAGGCUUCCUGGAGAUUUCUUCUCUCACCAAGAGGAGGAGACCGAGGAGGACAGUGAUCUGUCAGACUAUGGAGAUGAGGUUGACUGCAAAAGAGACUCUCUUGCUGAACCUUGUUUCAUGCUCAUUGGAGAAAUCUUUGAGCUCAGGGGAAUGUUCAAAUGGGUCAGGAAGACACUUAUUGCUCUAGUACAAGUUACAUUUGGAAGGACAAUCAACAAGCAAAUCCGUGACACAAUCAACUGGAUGGUCAGUGAACAGAUGCUGGUUUGCUACAUCAAUGUCUUUCGAGAUGCCUUCUGGCCAAAUGGGAAAUUAGCAUCACCAACAGCUCCCAGGACUGAGCAACAACAGUUGGAAACAAAGCACAAGGCCCAGCAGAAACUGCUCGAUAACAUUCCAGAUGCACUGCAGAACCUUGUCGGACAGCAGAAUGCACGACAUGGGAUCACUAAAGUCUUCAGUGCUCUCCAGGAAUCCAGUGCCAACAAGCAUCUCCUCUAUACAUUGGUGGAGUUGCUGCUCAUCGAGUUAUGUCCAGAACUGCGAAUUCAUUUGGAUGAGCAAAAAGUCUGCCCGACCCUAUCCAGCACUUCAUGAAUAAGUACAAUUCAUGGUGGGGAACCUGUUUUUUUUAGAAAGAGAAAUUGAAAUGCAAACUGCAGAUUUUUUUUUCCCAGUGGGACAAAUUGCUGGGAUAUUUUGAUGUUUGUUGUUUCUCCGCACACACCCGACAGUGUAGCACUACGUGAAAUGACUUUGUUUCAACAUAACUGAAUCAAUGCAUACAGCUAUUUUUUUCCUUUCAAGCUGAUAUCCAGUAGUUUUCUUUAAGAAGUUCAGUUGCCAGUAAUUAAUGUUGUAAGAAACUGAAUAAAUAUUUUUUAAGACAACUUUGAGAAUUGUUUUAUUUUUGUUGGUGGUGCAGACAUGUGUUGUAUAAGUUGCAAGCUCCUCACAGAAGAAUUCUGAACAUUCCUUAUCUGUGACCAUUGAGUAGCCUCUGUGUGCAAUAUGUAUGUAGAUCAUUGUGAAUAUUUUAUUGUUAAAUAGAGCUAGAUUUUAUUUUUACCAAAGAUUUCGAUGGUGUAGAUGAUUUAUAAGCAAU